CUGCAGGACAUGGGCGGUCACUUUUCUGUCUAUAUAGACAUGAGCACAGCACACCUCUUGAGAUUAAUCACUCGUGCACAUGAUCAGGCACACAGUGCACAUGUCUGAGCAGUCACAAGUCACAGUCUCGCCCAGCUGGAAUGAAAGCAGCACAGUGAUGGAGUUCAGAGAGCUGGGAGCAGACGAGAGCUCUGAGGGAGAUAUGGAGGAUCUGGACAGUGUGAAAGCCCUGACAGAGAAACUCAAACUCCAAACGCGCAGACCGUCGUACUUAGAAUGGAAAGAGCGACUGCAGGCUCGCCCGUGGAUUGAUGCCACAGACAGUUCAAAUGUCAGCAGCCCAGAAUCUGUGGAGAAGGACACCCAGCUAUCCGACGACUGGAAAGAUGGGAUGCCUUAUAAGAAUAUAUGCGGCUUUGAUACGAUAGACGACGCGUUACAGUGGCUCAGAAACGAACUGAGGGAGAUGCAGAUGCAGGAUAACCAUCUCGCACGGCAGUUGAUUCACUUACGGGGGGAGAUCCACAGGCUGAAGGUGGAGCAGGUGUGUCACCGUCACAAAGAGAUGCUGGAUGACGCCACGUAUGAGCUGGAGGAGUGCGAGGAGGAAUCAGACCUGCUGUGUGACAUCCCCAUGAAAGCCGCCUUCACUCUUUCCACAACUCUCAAACAUCUUGGUCUCACCAAAAUGAACCUCAAUUCCAGACGAUUCUCACUCUGUUGAGAGGCAGAUGCCCCUCAAGAAAACUCCAAGCAGAACUUCUAUUGUACUGACACUGGAAGCCAAUUUUAUUUCAUUAAAAUUGGACUAUAAUAAUAAAAAUGCUUCAAAUCGCUUAGCCUUAUUGAACUUUGUUUGACCAGACUGGUGGUCAUAUCUGGAAAUGCAGUAACCAGCAAUACAACAGCAAACCAUUAUCUUCACAUCUAUUAUUAAACCACUUGUGAAAGUGGACUCACCACAGGUCUGAAAAAGUCCUGAGAGUUGGGGAAGAGUUUAUAUUUACAUUUGAAAAUAUCUGAGCUAAGAAUCAGGAGGAACCUGCUUCUGUGUCAAAAGGCCUGUGAUUGGCACACACUCCCAUCAGUGUUCCUGACUGCUCAGGAGAUGAAACACUCUCCCGUCGGCUUGGCUGUGAUCCUGAGCAGCAGCCUCACAGGAAGUGUGAGUUUGUUUAGACAUUUUGUCACCUCCUCUAUUAAAACCUAAAAAUAACCCACACUAUAAGGCUCAGAGCUGCAACAAGUGAGAAGCUUUUCAGCCCACUGUCGGUGGUUGGUCUAACAUACCUGUUUUGCUUGAUGUUUGAGAAUGUUGUGCUUGGGAAACUUUCAUAUACACAGUGAGGUUCCUAGACUUAAAUGUUUAUAUAUAUAUAUAUAUAUAUAUAUAUAUAUGUAUAAUAUAUGUUCUUCAUACUUCCACAGAACCCAUUAAAGUUCAGUUUACGUAAUUACAAGAACAGGAAAUAUAGCCCUGCUUUUGUGCAUAUAUAUACUGUAAAUGCUUAUGUCAAAAGCUUCACGAUAAAAUCAAAACAUCAAAGAGGACCUUUAUAUUUUUACAAAUUUUGUCUUGGGACUGAAUGUGCAUUAACAAUUUGUUAAAAAUAGAUUAUGUAUGACAUGAAUACAUCUAUUCAGCAAAGAUGCAUUAAAUUGAUUAAAAGUAAAAGAAAAGGCUUUUACAUUGUUUAAAAAAGGAUCAUGAGACACUGGAGUAAUGGCUGCUGAAAAGUUGGCUUUGCCAUCACAGGCACUUAAUUUGAAAACAUUAAAAAAAUAUGGAUCCCAAGCGUUUGAAUGGUAAUGUAUAUAAUAUGUUUUUUGAUUAAUCAAAUGUUUGAUGUACAAAUAUUUAGUGCGCUGUUAAGGGUAUAAAACAUGCUUUUGCUUUCAAUCAACCUGUUUACUGAAAUCGAACACAAUGACUGACUUUUUAUCUAAAAACUAAAAAGUGCUUUAAAAGUUGCCUUAAAUUAAUAAAGAUGCCUUAAAAUUA